AGGAUGGCAAGUGUAUCCAGAGUCCUGACCAAGAAGAUUUUAUUAACUAAAGCCUUCCCUGCAGCAACCCGAUGCAGCUCCAGGAACAUCCACUUCUCCAUCUAUGGGAAGAAGGACAACGCCAAAGUGUCAGAUGAUAUCUCAACCCAGUACCCGGUAGUGGAUCAUGAGUUUGAUGCGGUGGUGGUAGGGGCUGGGGGAGCAGGUCUGAGAGCUGCUUUUGGUCUGUCUGAGGCUGGCUUCAACACGGCCUGUGUCACCAAGCUGUUCCCCACUAGGUCUCACACUGUGGCAGCACAGGGUGGGAUCAAUGCAGCCCUGGGUAACAUGGAGGGAGAUGAUUGGAGGUGGCACUUCUACGACACAGUGAAGGGAUCUGAUUGGCUAGGGGACCAGGAUGCUAUCCACUACAUGACAGAGCAGGCCCCAGCUGCCGUGGUGGAGCUGGAGAACUUUGGAAUGCCCUUCAGUCGGACAGAGGAUGGGAAGAUCUAUCAGAGGGCCUUCGGGGGUCAGAGCCUGAAUUUUGGAAAGGGAGGCCAAGCACACCGAUGCUGCUGUGUAGCUGACAGGACUGGACACUCCCUUCUUCACACAUUGUAUGGACGGUCCUUAAGGUAUGAUACCAGCUACUUUGUGGAGUACUUUGCCCUGGACCUGCUGAUGGAGGAUGGUGAAUGCAGAGGAGUGAUCGCUCUCUGUAUGGAGGAUGGAUCCAUCCACCGCUUCAGAGCCAACAACACUGUCAUCGCUACUGGUGGUUAUGGCCGUACCUACUUCAGCUGUACCUCAGCCCACACCAGCACCGGGGAUGGCAACGCCAUGGUAACCAGAGCUGGCCUACCAUGCCAGGACCUGGAGUUUGUACAGUUCCACCCCACCGGUAUCUAUGGUGCCGGCUGCCUCAUCACUGAGGGUUGCCGUGGCGAGGGAGGCAUCCUCAUCAACAGUGAAGGAGAGCGCUUUAUGGAACGCUACGCUCCCAACGCCAAAGAUCUGGCCUCCCGGGAUGUGGUGUCACGCUCCAUGACCAUUGAGAUCCGCGAGGGAAGGGGUUGUGGUCCAGAGAAGGACCAUGUGUACCUGCAGUUGCAUCACCUGCCCCCCCAGCAGCUGGCCACCCGCCUGCCUGGUAUCUCUGAGACCGCCAUGAUCUUCGCUGGGGUUGACGUCACCAAAGAGCCCAUCCCUGUCCUGCCCACCGUCCACUACAACAUGGGAGGAAUCCCCACUAACUAUAAGGGACAGGUCAUAACUCAUCCAGAUGGGGAGGACAAGGUGGUGCCAGGGCUGUAUGCCUGUGGUGAGGCUGCCUGUGCCAGUGUCCAUGGUGCCAACCGGCUGGGUGCCAACUCCCUGCUGGAUCUGGUGGUGUUUGGCAGAGCCUGUGCCCUCACCAUCGCUGACACCUGCACCCCAGGUGAGAAGCUUUCCCCACUGAAGCCCAGUGCUGGAGAGGAGUCUGUGGCCAACCUGGACAAGAUCAGGUUUGCUGACGGGAACACCAGAACCUCUGAGAUCAGACUCAACAUGCAGAGAACGAUGCAGAACCAUGCAGCAGUGUUCCGUACCGGUGACGUUCUGAAGGAGGGAUGUGACAAGAUGGACGCCAUCUACCAGACCAUGGAGGACAUCAAGACAUUCGACCGUGGUAUGGUGUGGAACACUGACCUGGUCGAGUCUCUGGAGCUGCAGAACCUGAUGCUGAACGCGGUCCAGACUAUCCACUCUGCCGAGGCCCGCACGGAGACCAGGGGAGCACACGCCCGGGAGGACUACAAGGAGCGUAUGGAUGAGCUGGACUACGCCAGGCCUCUGGCAGGACAGGAGAGGAAGCCUUUCCAACAGCAUUGGAGAAAACACACAAUGUCCACUAUGGAUCCUAAGACUGGCAAGGUAAAACAACUACCACAACUCCUGUCUGUCUAGCAAGGUAAAACAACUACCACGACUCCUGUCUGUCUGGCAAGGUAAAACAACUACCACGACUCCUGUCUGUCUGGCAAGGUAAAACAACUACCACGACUCCUGUCUGUCUGGCGAGGUAAAACAACUACCACGACUCCUGUCUGUCUGGCGAGGUAAAACAACUACCACGACUCCUGUCUGUCUGGCGAGGUAAAACAACUACCACGACUCCUGUCUGUCUGGCGAGGUAAAACAACUACCACGACUCCUGUCUGUCUGGCGAGGUAACACAACUACCACGACUCCUGUCUGUCUGGCGAGGUAAAACAACUACCACGACUCCUGUCUGUCUGGCGAGGUAACACAGCUACCACGACUCCUGUCUGUCUGGCGAGGUAAAAGAACUACCACGACUCCUGUCUGUCUGGCAAGGUAAAACAACUACCACGACUCCUGUCUGUCUGGCGAGGUAACACAGCUACCACGACUCCUGUCUGUCUGGCGAGGUAAAAGAACUACCACGACUCCUGUCUGUCUGGCGAGGUAAAAGAACUACCACGACUCCUGUCUGUCUGGCGAGGUAAAAGAACUACCACGACUCCUGUCUGUCUGGCGAGGUAAAACAACUACCACGACUCCUGUCUGUCUGGCGAGGUAAAACAACUACCACGACUCCUGUCUGUCUGGCGAGGUAAAACAACUACCACGACUCCUGUCUGUCUGGCGAGGUAAAACAACUACCACGACUCCUGUCUGUCUGGCGAGGUAAAACAACUAC